UCCAAUUUCCGAAAUUAUAAUAUUAUUGUGUUUACAUCAUUGUUUAAUUCAUGCGGGAUAGUAAUAAUUAAAGUAAUUACUGAUGUACCAGAGCGAUUGAAUUUGGAUUCGAUUACGGGUUUUUCGUGAUAAGGUCGGUAGUUCUGUGGGUAUUGAGAAACGAGUGAUAUUUUCUGGAUCCAAAGGGGAGAUUUUCAAGUAAAAUGUAGAUAUAAUCGAUUUUAUUUCUUAUCUCGAGUUGAAAAGGUUGUUGGUUGAAGAUUUGGCAUGCCGCCUUUCUAGAGCUGCGAUUACAAGCCUGAUGAUGGGACUGCCGUUUUGGAUAUUGUCAUGAAGAAUCACAGACGCAGAUUCUAGCCGCUCCUAACAUGGGCAGCAGACACUCCUCACCCUCCCUGCUAGCAUACGAACAAAGAUCCCACCGAUGUGGGUUACCUACGAUCUACACUAAGGUUGCUCGUACCCCAGCUGGUACCGCGGGGAAGAUCAGCUCGCAUUGGCCAGCUUUAAAGCACAGUCAAACGAGAAACCGAUUCGAAAUUGUGGGGGAGUUUUUCGUGCCGUGUAGAGUUGAAAUCGCUUUUCUAUUUGGACAUCAACAACAAGUAAUAAGCUGCUAGCCAACAUUUUACUCUUAUCUUGCUUAAUCGCUGAUUUAUAAACGUCAUCAACGGAAUUAAGCAGAUUUCUUAUCAUUACACGACACCGGAAUACAUAUCGACAAAAGAGUCCAACGGAUCCUAUCAUCAGUGCAUACUUUAAAAAGUCAAAAGUACCAACAACAACAUUCUCACGUGGAGUACCGCAACUCGCGCUUUGCACUGCACCGACGACGGUGGCUCUCUAAAUAUUCCUAUCUACCCGGUCGCUCGCUCUCAUCGUGGGACUGCUCCACCGCUGCCUUGCCGGCGAUUUAUUACUCAGCCACUUCAGAGUGUUCUGUGUGAGUAAGUGGAUACGCGAGCGAAGCGCAAAGUAUAUACGGCGUCUGACAGGCCGCAAACCAACAGUUCAGUGCCGGCCGUGAAUGAAUUCUGUUGUAGAGUUAAUUAUAACCUUUCAUGCUACUGCAAGUCUUCCCAGUUCCUGAGAAAAAAAAUUGUACGAAGGAAUCAAGCGAAAACACACUUUAGUAGUUUUUUCUUGCCUAUACUGAUCCAUUAAUUAAUACUCGAGAGAAAACGACGCGGCAGGAAGCCAUCUAGAGGCCAAGAAAAGGACUUCGUACACAAAAAACUGCAAUUUUAUGAUUUGCACAGCUUCAGUGAGAAAUUGCUAAUUCAGAGUGCCAGUAACGAAAGGUUUUACUUUGCGUGUGCAUGGGUCACUGUGAAACUAAUUUGUACGAUACCCAACUACGAUAGUGCAAGUCAUCGCCAGUUCAAAAUGAAGGAUAUCAUCGCAUGUAGGAACCUAAUUAAUAAGGAUACUAUCUAUAAGAAGGUUGUUAUAAUUGGUAAUGGACCAAGCGGAAUAUCGUUAUCAUACAUGCUGGCAGGCAAUUGGCCAUAUUGGUCUACUGAGCAAAUUCAGAAACAUCCGGAUGAGCUGUUGCGGGCCCGCCUCAAUUAUUACGAUGCACAGAAGAGUCUGGUAGAGCAUGACCUCUACAGCCUAGCUGACGGACUGGAGGGCCGUAGCACCAAUCCGGUAUCAUUGUUGCUGGACAGCCUACAGCAUCCCUGUGCUGACCUUGGCAUGGAGUUGCCGUGCAUGGUGGAUUACAUGUACCAUCCCGAGAAGGAAAUCGACCACAUUGUGCUAGGGCGCGGUCCUCCCGGCGGUUCCUGGCAUCGGAUGGAUCCAAACCUACGGACGCUAUCCCUUGCGGCGUGGAUGUCUCUUCCCGGGUUAUCAUUCACCGAGUGGGAAAAGACGCACCCGUCAAGCAUCAGCCCAACCGAGGACCCGCUGGAUACCUCAGGGUUUCUAAGUAAUAACAAAAAUCAGUACCUGCCGCCCGAAAGCAACGAAGGCGUCAAAAUCCUCAAAUCAAACAGUCAGCAUGGUACUAGCAGUAAUCGUAUCAGAAAGAUACCUAACGGUGGCAAUGCCGUUAGACCUAUACAUAAUUCAAAUGAUUCAUGUGAUAGAUGUAGUCAACUAAACCGGCAUCAAUCACAGCAGCAAAAAGUGCCCUUAACCUGCAAUAGAUGUCACAUCAGCAGUAAAAACAACAAUAAAACGCUUUUGGAAAAUCAAAACCACGUUCGGUGGCAGCAAAAUAGCGUUGCUUAUGAGGAACGAAAUGGAAAGAUCAACAUAAAACUUUGCCCACCACCGCGAAGAAAUUUAUCGUUGAAGAGACAACUGUCGAAAGAAGUUGAAACGAGGGCGCUGAUCUCACGUGUGGCAGAGUACUACGAGAGCUACGUUGGAGAAAUGAGCCUGACCAAAUAUUUUAUGAAUGAUACGAUCGUUACAACUGUGCUACCACUGGACUCGACGACAGUUGGUGGGUCAGUUUCAGACCGAUUGCGGAAUGGACGGUGGAUCGUUUCGGGAUUUGACCAGAACUCUGGUAGAAAAUUCACCAUAGUGUGCCAAAAUUUAGUAAUGGCCAAUGGAGCCUCCGACUUAGCCAAUCGACUUGGAGUUAAAGGCGAAGGGUUGGAUAUGCCCUGGGUAAAGUAUGAACUUCCCCAUCUGGAGCGGGUUUUGGAACAGUACGACGACAAUGCAAUGUCUCAUCUGAAACCAGUACUUAUAGUGGGCGCAGGGUUGAGUGCCGCCGACGCCGUAACGAUUUGCCGAUCCUCUGGUAUCCCAGUGAUACAUGUGUACCGCAAUCGAACAGCCGGACUGGAUAAGAUGCUACCAGGAAAUGUUUACCCCGAGUACCACGAAGUGCAUAGAAUGAUGAAGGACUCGAAUCGGAAGUAUGAGCUGUACACACCGUUACCUGAACAUACGAUUACAGACUUAACACAGACAGCUUACCCUGGACAAAAAGACUCGCAUCGAGUCACAGUACAACAUCUGAAAACGGGAGAACGACGAGAGAUUGACGUUUCAUUCUGUGCUAUUCUGAUAGGAUCUCGACCAGAUCUUCGGUUUAUGGCAGGGCUAUUCAAAGGUCGAACGGCCACUCAGAACGGACACGAUGCUCGUUUUUCAAAUAACAAACGUACUACUUUUGGUGAGAAAGACUCAACGCUUUGCGAAACUCGCCCCAUUCAGCCGUUAGCUAUUUUGUCUAUAGCUGAACAAUUCCUGGCAUCCCGAUUGGGAAGAAAGCUAUUUUGGUUUAAGAACAUCUGCGCUAAGUGCAGACACUUAAAUGUGUGUGAUCGAAGCCGCUACAAACACUAUCAGCUAGCUGGGUUCGGAACAAAUGAAGAGAAGCAGUCUUCUAACUGUGGCCAUAAUCUAAGCUUGCUAGGUAAAAAUUGCGAAUGUACACUUCCGACUGCAGUCACGACCAGCGAACAUCAAAUUAGUGCAGCUGGAUUAGGUUUAGGUGAAGAUCCAUCAAAACCAGUAGAUUGCAAAAGUAAUCCAAUUGAAGUAGACAAGUAUACCAAUGUUGUAUUGAGAACUCCCUACAAAGGUUUGUACGCCAUGGGACCACUGGUUGGGGAUAAUUUCGUCCGUUUCAUUCCGGGUGGUGCAUUAAGCAUUACUUCUUCACUCCACAAACGGACCGAGAAUGACUGACGAGCUCCUGGUCGGGCGGUGCGCUUGUUUUUUGUUUGAGACACGCUCUGGAUUCUCGAAUAUGAAUUUGCGUGUAAUAAAUAAAUAGUCAUGUUGUUCACACCCAAGGACGCUCUUCGGGAGCUCCUACCAUUUUAUCUAAUGGUUUUGUUUCAUGGAAUUAUCGUGAAUUGAAAUACGAGAAUUAUUUCAAAUGCUAUCGCAUCCGUUAUUUCGAAAAGCGGUGGCGCCAAACUGCUAGCAGUUAGGACGCAAACCAAUGGUGUUACGCGACGACCACUUAGCAUAUAUUUGUGAUUGAUAGAAGUGAUUUUUAUAACUAUUUAACUGUUCAAUAGCUGUUAAUUUAUUUUUAUAUAUCAAAGAUUUCUUUAUAUUUAUAUUAAAACUAUAUUGAUUUACUUCUAGUUCUUAAAAUUGAAUUUGUGCUAUGAAACGAUUUCCACCGUUACGGAAAUAAUUAAUGUUACUGUACAACAUUUUUAUCCUACCUUACAUUCCUACCAUUGCCAACAGUUUUUUUUAAUUUAAUGGGCUUUAUUUCCAUGGCUUCGGAAUAAAACUUUGAUGCAAUCCGUGGUAUGUCUAAAGCUGUGGUAUCAUUCUGCAAAUUACUAGGGUUCGACUAUUCAAAUUGUAUGUGUUCUUUUCAAAUUUUUCGAGUCGAUUUCAAGUAUUUAUUGUUUUUCUGUGGAUUGCUAUAAUGUAGAUUGCUAUAACAGCUUUAAAAUAUAUUUGGCAGUAAAUUUGGCGAUUCUGGGUUAGGUUUUGCAGUUUCUUAUUUCAGUCAGUCGAGCUUGAUUUGUUCUACUAUGAAAACUACGAGUUCGAGAGGAUUUUUUUUCUAUUUUCUCCUGAAAUUGAACAUAACUCCAAAUUUGUGUGACGUUGCAAAAUUUCAAAAAACGCAUCCAAUUUAUCAAAAACACGUUUACUGAAUUUGAGUUCGUUUCUUGAAAGCAUUAUCGAUGUUAGGCUGUGUUGUCCUCGAAAUGGACACGAUAUACCAAACACUUAUUAGUGGAAAGUAACGCUGCCUUAUUCCUAACCAGAUCACUGCAAAGCUAACCAUUAUCAACACCAAUUUGUUCAAAAUUAUGUUAAGGUGCUCCGAGCCAGUAUACCAAAAAGAAACCCGGGAACAUUUGAUAAUCUACUAUAACAUACUCUUAACGAAACCACCAGAACCAUUCCCCUACCCCUCCAGAUGGACCCAACGUUAAAACCAUUAUAACUCUCACGUAGACUAUAAAAGAUAUAUGUUUUACACCAAACUUUAUCAACUUCUUACACGUCAGUAUGUAAUGUAUUAACAAUUCCCUGGAUGAUAGCCUGAUCUGCUACCGUUGCGUGUGGCAGGGGUAGUCGGAAUCAUCGUUUGGUACGUAGGCUAAAAACUAAAAAACGUAUGAACCGAAUAGAGACUGAUUUGUAUAUUGAGGUAGAUAGUUCUAAGAAUGAAGUACGAUCGAGUACACAUUUGGAAUGAAGAAAUUACUGUUAGAAGAUCUGUAUCAAAAUCGUUUGAAUUUAACUCGUUUCUACUAGUGAAAUUUUGGAACCCGUCGUGAAACACUGUCCAUGUAUUCAAACUACACCCGUUGUGAAACUUAAAGCUUUCUACUUGUGAAAAAAGUGCUGAAAUACGUACUGAAUCUAGUUUUAAUAAUGUUUCAUUGAACUACGUUAUGCUUAUUCUUAAUUGAUAGUGGCUUUACAGUUCUAUAUAGGUUUUUGUUUAUCAUUCGUGUGAAAUGUUGGAAACACACACGUUCUGUUCUUAUAAUUUUAAAAGCACGAUAGUGUUUGUUCGCAUUGUGAUGCGAUUUCGUAAUAAGAUUUAAUAAACAAAAGGGGGCAAUAAGAACAAAAAACAGGGUAGACUGGAAGUCGAUUAUCGCUAUUCAAUUUUCUAGCGAUUUCAAUAAGUAUUUUUUUGUUUUGUAUUGUGACGUAUUACUAGGUAGUUGUUCUAUUCUCCCGAAGCAACAAAAAAACAAAUUUUCGAAACUUGAUACGAUAGUUGCGAUUGUUAAUUUUUUAUUUACCAAGAAAAAAAAGUUUUACUGUUACAAUACAAAUGUUUACUCAAA